AUGGAAGACUCUCAACCACAAGAUUCCAAAAAAAGGGCAGUGUAUGAAGCAUGGACAAAGGAACAAAGUGAUGCAUUGUUAGAUAUUCUGGUUGAGUCUGCACAUAGGGGAUGGCGCGAUAAUAGUGGUUUAUUUAGCAAAGCCACAGUAGAGGAAAUGAUAUUGCCUGUUCUGAAUGAAAGACUUAGGUGCAAUAAAAAUUAUAAUCACUUCCAAAGUAGUAUCAAAUGGUUUAAGAGCCGUUGGAAUGCUUAUUCAACACUCUUGAAGUUUAACUCUGGUUUUGGCUAUGACAACAACACCAAAAAAUUCACGGCCCCAGAUGAAGCAUGGGAUGCGUAUAUAGAGGCUCACCCAAAAGAUGCAUACUUACGCGCUGUGAGUUUUUCGAAUUUUGAAGACUUGGGGCUUGCUGUUGGAAACGGUGUGGCUGUAGGAAGAAGCGCGAUUGGAGUGGGCAGUGCUACUGAUGCUAGGACAAUAUGA